AUGCGUGCGGGCGCUUGUCGCGUUCUCUCUGUCUCUCUCUGGGAUUAUAAGCAAGCAGCGGGACUGCUAUCGAACGUUAUGAGCGCAGGCUGGAGCUCCCGGAACUCCCUUGCGUUCGAUCCGAUUCGCAUAGGAGAUAUCCUGCGUUGGGAUGUUAAAGAACCGGAACGGCUUGGGUUGAAUCUGGUUGUUUUUAAAACAUUCCGCACUGACGUGCUGAGCGACCUCACCGGUGCAGACCUGGCAACCGAGCUGCGCCUCGGCGCUCAGUUUGGCACCGUGCAACUGUUACCGUCACGCGCCCGUGAAGACUUUUACGACGAUAGUGAAGGUGAACCGCGGGUGCGUUGGUAUCGGCCCCCGGUAGGCUCGCUGACUAUUCGAACGCGUCUCAGUGAUAUUGGCGGCGGUGAGAUGCGAUCGCGCGGGGCACUCUGGUUCCGCGCUAGGAUCGAUACGGACAAGUGCGUUUGGCACUACGGUGUCGAGGCGGAUCGCCGUAUUGCGCUAUCAAACUGGCAUGAUACGCGAGGCUUCGUCAACGUGAAAUAUAUGAAAAAGGCCUCGGAGCCGGAGUUCACCGUUACUAGUCAACUUGGCAUCGAGCAGUACUUGCGUUUAGGUCGCGUAUGGGCGCUCACACGUACAGGCGUCAAUCCCGAAGGCACCCUGCACGUAUCGCUCCGAGACUAUGGCCUUCGGUCGAAACGCGCCCCGGCACGCGCCAAGCGCUGA